UAAAAUCUUAACAACAUCUGCGGGGUUGUAUAUAAUGAAUUCACAACAAAAUUUUACUGUAAUUGUAUGAUUCUCAACAUGCUAUUUUUGUUAUCCUUUUUAUAAAUCGCCCUUUCUAUUGACCGAGAGAACCACUCAUUAAUUACCGCAACUCUCUCCUCCUUAUUAGAAGAUUUUGUUACAUUGGAUUUACCUAUUUAAGCAAGUAUAGUGAAGUAGUCUAUGUUUUACUAGUUGCAAAAUCACCACACUAUCAUCAAUUAACACAUAUCGCACUUGAGAAAGAACAACGAAAAGAGUAAAAAACCAACCAACAAUGAGAAGCUCAUUAGCCACCUUCGUUUUUCUUCUCCUAUUGGUUUGCCUCCUUUCCGGUAUGGUUGUUGACGACAUACAUAUCUUUUUUUGGUCGCGUGUAUGAUGUGGUGUAUUAAUUUUCUUUAAUUUGUUGGUGUUUGGUUAUAUCAAAAUAGGGAAUGAAGUCACGGCACAACACCACGCAGAUCUCUGCAAAUUCACAGAACUUGGAAGCGAGCCCGAGUAUGUGGUUAUCAGGCACAGGAGAUGCAACGACAGAUGCCAGAAGAAAUAUGGAUAUUUCGUUCUCGGAUGGGUGGAGGAUGGAGCAAGUAUUUGCUCAUGUUUCAAGCGUUGUCACCUACAUUAAGUGAAGAGAUGCAUGCCCGGUGUUCUCUCUCGAUUACAAGUCGUUUGUUGGGAGCAACGUUCAUGGGACCGGAUCAUAUAGCUAGAUAAGAAAGCGUGUAGGUCUAAUAACAAAGAUAAAUAGACGUUGAGAGUUACGUUGGUUUUACCUUUUUACCAUUAUAGCUGACUAUUUUUUUCUUUUACCCUUAUAGCUACCAUGUAAUAAUGAAGUAAUUUGAGAGGUACUUUUGGUGUUACCAUCAAAAAAUUUUAGUGAUUGACCAUUUAAAUUUCAUGAUAGUUACUCUCGUGUUCAUCAUAAAUGCCUAGGAAUGGAGAGAUGCAAUAAUGAUUCAUUUUCCUAGGCUAACCAAAUCACUUGUACACAAAAUUCAUAAAAACUCUAAACAACCCUCCAUCCUGACCGAGUUCAAUCUAGACCGACCCUAGUUAAUUAUUAUUCCCUAGUGCAUGGCUCCAGAGAUUAGUGACCAUUUUUGUAAUUCGCCCCAAGGAAAAGCUUUCCUUCCCCAAUCACCUUCUGAUCAAGUCCGUCUCUGUAAAUACACACAGAAAAAACACCCUAACAAACCAAAUUUUAUAUAUAAGACGUCCAUUCCCAAACGGCCCAAAAGAUCAGUUGCCCGCAGAAAGAAAUGGCGACGGUUACGUUGCUGCUACUUGUAAUUAUGUUUGUCCCUCUCCUUUGCCUCGGCUGCAGGUUCGCCAUCUGAAACUAAUUUGAGACUUGAGAGGUACUUUAGCAACGUUACUCCCUUUUGGCUCAUUCUUCGUCUUUCUUCUUUCAUCACAUCAUCCCAUUUGCAUGAGCUCACCCAACUCAACAAACUACCUAAUCUAUUCAUCCCAUUUGCAUGAACUCACCCACAACUCACCCAACUACCUAAUCUAUAGGCAAAGCUCAAUCCGUGUGACCAAUUUGCACGUACUACUACUAUAAAAUUAUGGGCAAAUGUUUCCAUUACACUCACAUCCCAUAUGCGCACAAUUCCUUUUCUUCUCGUUCCUCAUCAUAUCAUCACUCUCUUCCCAACAAAAAAUACUUGCUCCAAAUACCAUAAAACACAACCCAAAAUGUCACCAUUGAGUAUCUUCUCCGUGAUCCUUAUGUGGACAUUCUUUGCCGUGUCAACUUUGGAAGCCGCUGCCUCCUCUAACUCUGAUAUAUACAUCGUCUACCUCGGUUCCGCAACGACGGAAAAUUUGGCGGCGAAGGGGGCUGUCCUCACAUCACUGCAGACGAGCGGGAGGAGGGAGCUGGACGUGGUGAGGACCUACCAGCACGGGCUGGCCGGCUUUGCUGCACGAAUGUCGCCGGAGGAGGCCAAGGCCAUCUCGGCGCAGCCUGGGGUCUUGUCCGUCUUCAGGGACACCUACUACAAACCCCUGACUACUCGGUCUUGGGAUUUUCUGCAAAGCUUGGGGGAAGAUGCAACCGCAGCCGGACCAGCUGUUCCAUCCACCGGCCACAAUGACAGCGACGUGGUCUACUCCUCCUCUGACAUAGUGAUCGGCAUCAUCGACACCGGAAUCUGGCCAGAGUCGCCAAGCUUUGGAGGCGACAAGGCGUGGAGAAUCCCCCCACCAGCAGGCUGGAACGGAACAUGCGAGACAUCGAAAGAUUUCAAUAAGUCGGCAUGUAACGGGAAAAUUGUGGGGGCAAGAUUCUACAUGGUGGAUGGGAGCGCAAGAGACAUUUUUGGGCAUGGUACCCAUGUCGCCUCCAUUGCCGCCGGAAUGAAGGUGAAGACAUCAUACGAAGGCCUCGCCGCCGGGACGGCCAGAGGCGGGUCAGAGAGGUCGAGGAUUGCUGUUUACAAUGUCUGUGACCCCCAUUUGGGGUGCGGUAACGCAGCAAUACUGAGCGCUUUUGACGAUGCCAUCUCCGAUGGCGUGAAGGUGAUAUCUAUCUCCAUGGGCGAGGAAGGUGACGAUGAUGAGGACAAGGAGGGCCUCCACGAUUUCUUGGUCGAGGAUGGAAUCUCGAUCGGGGCCUUCCAUGCCGUGGAAAGAGGGAUCACGGUUGUCUGCGCCGGCGGCAACUUUGGCCCGCAUCCGGGCACUAUCGGCAACGACGCGCCGUGGAUUGUGACGGUGGCGAGCUCGACGACAGAUAGAGAAAUUCAGAACCACAUCAUGCUCGGUGGAGGCACAAUCAUUAAGGGUGAAGCGCUCGGGAUUCCCAAGGUCUUCAACCGGUCGGCUGUCUACCCAUUGACGUCCGGCGAGGCAGCCAAGGAACGGAACGUAACCAGUGAAGCCGCAAGGAAUUGUCGGGUUGGGACGCUGCGGGCGUCGAAAAUCAAAGGGAAAAUUGUCUUUUGUGAGAACAGCGUGGGUGGAAUUACCGAUGUGGCCCAACAAGACGUUGAAGUGCCUGAUAAGGGCGGGGUUGGAGUCAUUACGGUGGAUGACAUCAGAAGGAGAGUGACAAACUUCAGGGAAGACUACCCUACGACCGUGAUAAGUUCACAAGAAAGUUUUAAGUUGAAGGCUUACUUAAAAUCUACAAGAAAACCCGUGGCAACUUUUCUUCCCAGCGUAACAGUCGUCGGGUACAAGCCAGCUCCACAAGUGUACAUCGAAUCGUCUAGGGGACCGUCCAAUGUUACUGCCAAUAUUAUCAAGCCUGACAUAAUGGCGCCGGGGGUCAACAUUCUUGCCGCGUGGGCCAGCAACGACUACUCCUACACAGUAGAAACCGGCACAUCGAUGGCCUGCCCACACGUCUCCGGCGUGGCGGCCAAUGUAAAGUCGGCGAUGCCGUUUCUCAGCCCCACGGGCGUGAAAUCGGCGAUAAUGACAACAGCAUUUUCGACCAACAAUGCGCGGGGCCCGAUCACCACCGACGAGGGAGACUUGGCGGGGCCAUACGACAUGGGAGCUGGGCUGGUCCACCCGGCCGGAGCGGUGAGCCCCGGUCUCGUCUACGAGACCACGACGGAAGAAUUCCUCCACUUCCUCUGCUACCGAGGCUACAACACCACAACGGUCAGGGCCAUGUCAAGGACCGCCUCACCGAGCUUCUGCUGCCCAGCCGGGGGUGCCAACCCAGACGCUAUAUCUUCGCUGAACUACCCGUCGAUCUCGGUCGGGUUGAGCCGCCGGGUGGGCCGGGCGACCAGGACCAUCCCGCGGCGCUUGACCAAUGUUGCGCUGGCCGGGCAAGGCACCUACUGGGUCUACAAGGUGUCUGUUGGGGUCGACGACGCAGAAGCUGUUGCCGUGAAGGUGUUCCCCAAGGUGCUGCGCUUCUCCGAGAUCGGGGAGACCAAGGAAUUCAAGGUCAGGUUUGAGAGCAAGGGUUCUAGUACCGAUGAUGCUGCAGAGAAGAAAGUUGUGACCGGCUGGAUCAAGUGGUCCAACCCACAGUUUACGGUUCGAUCCGUGUUUGUGGUGACUUUGUAUUGAAUAGUGUUGGAUCAAGAAGUGGAAGAAGCCUGGGAGACUGAGGAAUCCGUAUCCUCUGCGGAAAAGGAUUGGAGUGGUGCCAAACCCAGAAGUUCAAAUUAAGUCUUAACUUGGUGAAGCAAUGUUGUUUUGUUCAAAUAAGUGAUAUUGUAUCGUAUGCAGUAUUACAUUGUUGUUAGGGCUCGUUUGGAGAAUUGGAGUCUAAAUCUCUAGAUUCUAGACAAUCCAAAGAUUUUAACUCUUUGGAUUGUUGAAAAAAGAUUUGAAAAUGUUCAUUGUUUGGUAACUAUGAUUGUUAACAUCCAAUGAAAAACGAAAUUCUAUUUUUUUAUCACAUAACAUGUUUAUCCUUAACCAAAAUAAUUAGAUUGGCUCGAAAAUAUUGAGAAUUUAUUGGUAAGGGUAUUUAGUGGGAUAAAUGAAAAAAAACAAGAGAUAUAAUAGGAGGGAGAAAAUCUCCAAAAUCAAGAUGUAGAAUCUCUCUAAUUAUGAGAGAUUUUAUAUCUCUAGAUUUUAGAGAUUUAAAAUCUCUGAAGUUACAAUCCACGAUACAAAAAGUAGCAAAAAAACAUCACAUUUUGCUAAAUCUAUGGAUUCAAUAAAUCCACGAUCCAAAUCUUGUUUUCCAAACGACCCCUUAGUUCAUUGGUUGUGUUUGUUUGCAUUUAAGUCUAACGGGUAGUUUGGUUGAGAGCUUUCAGCUCAUGUAGUGAUAAGUAAUUAGCAGAUUGUGGUGGGUUGAAAUCAGGGUGUGGAGUUGAAGUUGAUACAGUAACAUGGAUUGUGACUAAGAUCGACCUAAUUAUGGUGUUUGUGUUGAUCCAUCAAUAAAGUUGUCAAAUUGUA